UUUCGCCCAAAACGGAAGUCGCCAUUAAAUUUCCGAAUUAUACCGAGUGUUGACGGAAAGAUCCGAUUUAUUUUGUUGUUAUAACUACGUGACGUCAGUUGUAAACAUUUUACAUCCGGGCUCCUGACAUUUCUAGGUUGCUAUGAGCAACUUAUGUUAUUUUGACCUCCAUUUUGGAAUUAGUUGGCAUCGAACGUAGAAGGAUAAGUUGAAAAUUGCAAAUAAGGCGCGUUACACGCCAUUCAAAAAGAUAUUUAAAAGUUAUAACAGAAACCAGGAACAUGACAACCAAAGCAAACGAUGCUUUUACCAUCAAAUCUUUGAUGAAAAACGCAGACGUUGGAUCCCCACACAAAGCAGGUGCUUUCAAACCAAGACACACCACACCCACACAGUUCAGAAAGUGUUAUGAAAGAGGAGACUUUCCUAUUGCGCUAGAACAUGACACAAAAGGCAACAAGAUUGCAUGGAAGGUUGAAAUUGAAAAACUAGACUAUCACCAUUAUUUACCAUUGUUCUUUGAUGGUCUCCGUGAAACCACACAUCCUUAUGAAUUCUUCGCGAGACAAGGUGUACAUGAUAUGUUAGAACAUGGAGGCUCAAAAAUAUUACCUGUAAUCCCACAGCUCAUUAUCCCAAUAAAAAAUGCUUUAGAGACCAGAACUCCCAAAGUUUUGUGUACAACUCUAAAAGUAAUGCAGCAUUUAGUUGUAUCAGGAGAACACAUUGGAGAAGCUCUCGUACCCUAUUACAGACAGAUCCUACCAGUACUUAACAUAUUUAAAAGUAAAAAUUUGAACACAGGAGAUGGCAUAGACUACAGCCAACAAAGAAGAGAAAAUAUUGGUGACCUCAUCGAUGAAACUCUAACAGCUUUCGAAAAACAUGGUGGAGAGGAUGCCUUCAUUAAUAUCAAAUAUCUCAUACCAACAUAUGAAUCGUUGAACACAGGAGAUGGAAUAGACUACAGCCAACAGAGACGUGAAAAUAUUGGGGAUCUUGUCGGUGAAACUCUCUCAGCGUUUGAGCGUCACGGUGGCGAAGAUGCGUUCAUAAACAUUAAAUAUCUCAUCCCAACCUACGAGUCCUGCAUCGUCAAUUAGAUUGUGUAUAGCACCCUUUCAAAGUGUGACAUGGUUGUCAAGUCAUUUUCCAUAUUUAAUCACAGUGAUAAGGCAGAGUAGGUUUAUGGGGGUUAAGAUUUAUAAUGAGUUGUAUAUUUUUGAAAGAGUUAAUUAAAAUGAUGAUUGCCUUGGUAUAGUUUGGGAGGGUAGCUUAUUCAUUGUACAAUAUGUAAAUUAUUAGUGUAAAAUAUUGAAAGUGUACAUACAUAAAGAUGUCAUAUAUUGAUGUCAUAUAUACAGAUGUCAUAUAUUGACUUCAAAUCAGGACAAUUCAGGUGAGGUGUCUUUGGACAGUAAAUGAAACAUAAAAAAAUAUUGUAUUUUAUAACUUGGAUGUCAAGCCUAAGCUCAAAGCUUGGCUAUAAUUUAAAAUGUUUUCAAUAAAAAUAGUAUUAGCCACAAAUGUACUUGGAAGUGGUCUGUGAUGUUAUCUUAAAAAUCCAUUAAAUAAACGAAAUAUUUAAAGAUGGCACUGGUGUUUUACAAAAAGAUGUAUUUUCACACAGAUCCGAGGAUACUCACUCUUCCAGUAUUUCAAUAUACCAAGUAUUAA